AUGGUCGUCCGCGCCGAAGCCGUGACGCUCGAGCGCGUUCUUCACGACGACGCGGGCGCGUGCGAGCGUCUGGUGCGCGUGAACGACGCGUCGUCGCGUUUCUUCUUGGCGUUGAGCGAUCGCGGGCGAUUGGUCGAGACGGUAUGUUUCACCCCGUCGCGACGCGCGCCGGGCGCGGACGCGAGUGACACCGCGCGCGGUGGUGGCCUCGAUGCCGUGCGUCGCGCGUACGACGUGCGCGGACGAGCGGACGACGAGCGAGGUGAGCGAUCGUCUUCUCACGGAUGGACGCGGAGACACGCGUCGUUUCACGGCGCGUCGCCCGCGGUCGACGCGUCUUCGUCGAUCGAUGGUGACGUGAGCAUCGUGGCGCAGAGAGAUGGGACCGUUUGUGCUUGGCGACGCGCGAAGACUGGGGAUUGGGCGGUUUUGGGGGAGGCGGCGUACGCCGGGGCGGUGGCAAAGGCGGUCGAAGCGUUCGGAAAAGGCGACGCGUGGAGAGGCGACGUGACGCGCGUCGUCGCGUGUACGACGGAUGGUGGUGAUUCGGAGGGUAGAAUAUUCGCGGUGACGUUGAGUGAGGACGAGAGCGAGGCGGGAAAGACGUGGUUGGUCGUUCGGGAGGUUCGGGUGGAUGUCGCGGCGAGCGGAGACGCAAAGUCCACCGAGGUCGCCGUGUCGGCGCGCUACGACGACGCGAUCGAUCUCGUGCAAGGGAAUACUUCAGAUGUGUUUUGGGUCGUUACGAGGUCUGGGGUGAUGUAUCGAUGGAGCGUCACGAAGCUUCGCGCGACGGCGCGCGCGGAUGUUGGAAUGAAAAUCGCCGAGCGUCUCGGUGCGCGAGACCAGAGCGUGGAUCUCGUGACGUGCAGGUCGUUCCCCGACGGUGAUUUGGUGUGCGUCGACGUGAAAACGCGCAGGGUGUUCGCGAUUAAAUCAACGGCGUCGGGUUCGAUAACGUUCGACGAAUUGAGCGUAUUGGGUGCGGAUUCAUUCCGAGCGGGCGAACGCGUCGUCGCCGCGGCGAGACACGGGGCGUUUCUGUGGAUCGUUGCCGUCUUUAUCGCGACCGAUUCAGAGUCUACGACGACGAUGGCGAUGAUACGCGUAUUCCACACGACGACAGGCGCGUGCGUCGCAUCGGCGGAGGUUCCGUCGGCUCCCGGUUUGGCAGAAUUCUCGUCAACCAUUGAACUCGUCAACGCGGGAUCUAGCGGGAUGUAUGUGCGGAUGCCCGCGAGUGACGGUGGAAAGUCCGCCAUUUUUCGGUGCGCAAUUUCCAUCCCGCGCUCUCUGGCGAACGCGAUCCGUCCGAUUCUGGACGAUCCGACAGCUUUUGACGCGACGCUCGUCGACCGAUCGCUUUCAGAGAUUGAGACGUAUGGUGCAUCUGUCGAGGCGCUCGUGCGCGCGCUCGUGUUGGUGCGACGCGAAUUAGCAAGCGAACCAGGCACGUUCAAAGUGCCUAGAGAGGCAUCGACGGCGAUGACUCAGAAACACGCGCGCGCUUCCUGCGCGCUCGCUCCGGCGCUUCUUCUGAAGGCGCAACUCACGGGACGGUUCGAUGACGUCGCGAGCGCGAGAUGGGCUUUCGCGGCAAAAGACUGUUUAGAAAUGAUGGAGAAGGCGAGCGCAAGCGGAGACUUGGGGGCGUUUUCACGUCUCGCGAGCGACAGCUUGACGCUCGCGCGAGACGCGUUGCUCGACGCGCAGCAGACAACAGCGGCAAGCGACACGAAAGGGAAAGAUUCCAGUUCCGUCGAAACGAGCGACAUGUCGUCGAUGUAUGCCACCGUGCGUGAGCUCGAAUCUUUCCGGGGACGAGACGCGGCCUUACCGGCAGGCGCGUGGGCAGGUGCGCGAGCGCUCAAAGAUUUCCAAUCGGACACCAUGCUCGAGCGGUUCAUCGACGCGGUGUGGUGCGAUGAGACCAUGCGGUUUCCGACCGUGUGUGAGGAUGCGAGUAAAAUGGCGCGUGACAUCGCGGACGCGGCGGCUUCUAAGCUCAGUCGCGCACGUGCGGAAGAGUCUUCUGGGACGUCCGCAAUGUUCGCUCCAUUUGAGGCGAUGACUUUUCUGAUGUAUCGCAUCGCGCCGCAGUGCGCCGUGGCGUUCAUCGAUGCGGUGGCGAUUAAGACGAAACUUCCCAGGGUCGAGCUCGCGAAGCGCGCGUUGACGACGACGGAAUCGCCCAAGGCGCAUUUUGCGCGUUUUGGUGACAGCGUUGCGGCGGAGGCGCUCACGCGCGCCGUCGUGGAGACCCUAUGCGCGGCUGAUUUCGCGCGAACUGGUCUCUACGUCGCGCUCACCUUUGCAGGCGUCACGGAAAAGCGCUCUCGGUCGGAAGAAACCGCGUCGGGAAGACGUGGGAAGACGACGGCCGCGGGUUGGACGCUCGCGCACGACGUUCUCCGCGCCGAGCUUGAUCGAAGACGAACCAACUCAGACGCGUCCGAUAUCCGACGCUUCGCCGUUGAGGCGUUCGACAUCAUGGGAAAACUAUUCCGAACGUUGAUCGAGGAUUGGAACGAGAUGCCGUUCGUGCAAUCUCGCGAAGACGUCGACGUGGACGUCGCCGCCGAACUCAUCUUGCGAGCUGCCGACGUCGUGCGUGAGGUCUACGAAGACGCCGAUUCGAUCGAAGAGCCGUUCACCUCGUCGUCCAGGAUCCUCGACCUCGCUCACGACUACUCGAUGACGAUGACUGAGGCGUGCGUCGCCGCGGCCAGAGGUGAGACUCCACACGCCAACGUGGACUCGCUCGAGCGGCUCAUCCGAGUCGCGAGCCGAACACUCGUGCGUGACCGAGCGACGACGUGA